ACCACGCCAUCUUACGAACACGACUACAAAUUUAAUAUAAGCCAUUUGCAAGUUUCGAGUUCAUGAAGACUGGAAGCAGAGACGGGGAGGGGAAAUCGUGGUGAAUUCACGAGACGGGAAACAUGUUGUGGUCACGGUAUCCUUGAUCACCGCUGUACUCGAGUAACCCAGUCACCGUAGUGUCCCACACAGGGCAAGAUGCUCGUUAGUGUAUGUGUUUUUCUGGCUGCCAGCUUCCCUGCUACAUCUGCCAAAGCCGAUUACAUCGUACCUGAUGCCAAAUUUGAGGCUCUGAAGCCCAAGGGUCUCCGUGUUUCUAUACCAGAUGAGCCGGGCGUACAACUGUUCGCCUUCCAUGCGAACGUGAACAAGGAACUGGACGGCGUAGCGGCUGGUCAGUUAUCACGAGAUAUAACCAAAUCGAAGAACGGCCGCUGGAUAUUCCAAGAUGACCGACUGAGACUAAAUAUUGGCGACGUAAUCAACUAUUGGUUGUACGUUCAAUAUGAAGGGGUUGGGUACCAGAGGCUGGACCAGAGCUGGACGGUUACUGAAUUAGUGGAUCCUGGUGAUGAAGAUACGUCGAAGGGCACCCCGAAACCGCCCGUCACCCCACCCCCCACGAGAUGCGACAAGUCGCCUACUCUGGUGAACGGGAAGCCCGCAUGCCAGGGUCAGCUCAUCUUCGAGGAGAACUUCGUAACCCUGGACUCGGCGAAAUGGGAACAUGACAUUCGAAUAGCCGGCAGUCCGGAUUUUGAAUUUGUCGCCUACACUUCCGAGAAGGGCAACAGUUAUGUAAGUGACGGAAUCCUGUACGUCUCUCCAACUCUGGUUUCGGAAGUUCGCGGCGCGGAUUUCGUCACACAAGGAAAACUCGAGCUGCCUGGGUGUACAGGCGUCGCGGGCUCUGAGGAGUGCUCGAAGCAGGCGCAGGGAUGGGACAUCGUUCCACCAAUUUUCUCCGCUCGUCUUUGGACACGUCAACAUUUCAGUUUCUGUUACGGCCACGUGGAAGUCAGGGCAAGGCUUCCAGCAGGCGACUGGUUAUUCCCAGAAUUGUGGCUGGAACCGAAAGAAAAUUGGUAUGGGAGGGAUUACCUAUCAGGAAGAAUACGGAUCGCCAUGGCGAGGGGAAACAGGGAGCUUUUCUUAAAUGACCAGAAGCAGAGUCACAUCGGGGAACGCCGCCUGGAAGCUGGAUGCUUCUUGGGUCUGGACCAGACGGUUCACAGCGAGGCGAAGAGCUGGGAGGGCGGAUUUGGCUGGUGUGAAAACUUCCAUGUCUACAGCCUCACCUGGACACCAGGUGAUAUGACGUUCAAAGUUGAUGGACAGACAGUCGGUGUCUUAGUUCCUCCUCCAGGGGGAUACAGAUAUUUAUCCGCCUUCGCCGGAAGCCAAGAUAAUCCCUGGGGACGGGGUUCAAAAUUGGCACCAUUUGACAGAGAGUUCUACUUGAGUCUCGGAGUCGGAGCCGGUGGAAUCCGCGACUUUCCUGACAAUUGCACGAACGGUCUGCAGCAAGACGGCCUACGUCCAAAGCCGUGGAAAAACAGCAAUCCCAAGGCUAUGCUCAAUUUCUGGCUGGAUAAAGAUUAUUGGAGACCGACCUGGUCAGGUGACAACUCAGCCCUCCAAGUGGACUACGUUAAAGUGUGGGCACUGUAGAAUGGCUUGUGUUCAACAUAUUCUCUGUAUUUCAAUAAAAAGUGCCAUCUUCGUGGUAAAACAUUCCUGACCUAAUCAGACUGACGGAAACUUUAUAUCGCGGAAUUAAAGAGCUUGUUUUUUUGUAUAUGCUUUCAUCAGUACAGAAACGUAAGCUGUAAUUUAAAAUCCACAGUCGUACAUUGCAAUGGCACGCAUCUGUUUGUAAUGUGUGUAUUCACUACCUGGAAGUUGGCAGAUAUGACCCCAGAGUUUGAUACUAGUGCCAUAUUUUAAAUUUGUGUAACACAAUAAAUGAUCUAUACAAUAUUC